AUGAGAUCACAUUGUUCUGAGACCGACUGUGAUUAUUACGGUGCGUACGAUCCGGCUGAUUCUACCACUUCGACAAAUACCACAGAUGAGUACAGCAUCUACUACUCAGAUGGGACUCGUGGUACAGGUUACUACUAUAGGGAUCACUUACAAGUGUCUGGCCUGGCAAUUGACGACUUCUUGUUUGCCUCUGGUUCAGUGGAUGACUACUCCAAUAUAGCUGGACUUGGCUAUAUCAACGACAGUACCCGUUCCGUGUUGCCAUACGUCUUGCAAAGAAAUGGUCUUAUUCAAAGAAGUCUCUUUUCCGUCUUCUCAGAUUCGACAACAUCAACUGGUGCAAUUAUCUUUGGAGGCUUGGAUUCUGGAAAAUACACAGGAACUCUAGAGACUGUUCCAGUUAUUGGAACACAGGGUUGGAAUAUCUAUGUCUCUGGAAUAGCUUCAGAAUGUGGCUUCUCAAACCAGAAUUCAUUCAUAGUCAAUAUUGACACAGGAUCACAAGUCAGUCUCUUACCUUCGUCGUUAUACCAUCAGAUAAACCAACUCUUUGGAGGAUCAUUGACAUCUGAUAUGGUAUACCCGUACGGCAUGGAAACAUAUCUGUUCAAA